UGAGCUCAAGUGAUCCUCUUGCCUCGGCCUCCCAGAGUGCUAGGAUUGCAGGCGUGAGCCACCGCCCCCGGCCUAGAGCACAUUUUUAAUGAACCUUGAUUUCAGUCUUCAAAUGUUUGCAUGCCUUGGUGAAGUCACAGGGAAAACGAAACUCAGAGGUCAUUUAAGGCGGGACACACAGGCAGCAGCGCAAGAGACAUCAUUGUGCUGGAAGGAUGGCCUUGGCCAGACCAAAACUCGGAGACCUGAUUGAGAUUUUUCGCUUUGGCUAUGAGCACUGGGCCAUCUACGUGGGAGAUGGCUAUGUGGUCCACCUGGCUCCCCCAAGUGAAAUUGCUGGAGUUGGUGCGGCCAGUGUCCUGUCCGCCCUGGCCGACAAAGCCAAAGUGAAGAAGGAACUGCUGUCCGUGGUGGCCGGGGGAGACAGGUACCGGGUGAAUAACAAACACGAUGACAAGUAUCCGCCACUGCCUUCCAACAAAAUCGUCCGGCGGGCGGAAGAGGCGGUGGGGAAGGAGUUGCGCUAUUCGCUGACCGGAGAUAACUGCGAGCACUUUGUGAACGAGCUGCGCUACGGGGUGUCCCGCAGCGACCAGGUGCGUGCUCAGCCGGGGGCCCUUCCCCAGGAACCCACAGUCCCCUCAGCCGACUGCGGCUGGGCAUCAGUGUGGGUGGAGACAGAGGCAGGAACAGGCAAAAAAGCAGAGACAGAAUUCCUGCCUGGAGGACGCUGCCGUGGGGGUGGGACGAGGGCGGGGGACAGACAGCAGGUGGGCAGCGCAGAUCCGCGCAGUCGGGGCGGUGGCCAACGGAGGGGCCUCGGCCCUGAGGGUCGCCCUGCUGCCGAGCCCUCCCUGGCCCCCGCCCCGAGGUGGCCCCUGACAGCCCUAGAGGUAGAUUUUAUGAUCCCCACCUUACACAUAGGGAAACUGAGGCUCACAGAGCUUAAGUAACUUGUUCAAACUCAUUCAGCUGCUACCAU